ACACAAACCAGUUGAGAACACGCGCCUCCGUUUGGGGAAACUGACGUUUAUUUUACUUACAGUCGCACAAAAAUAGCACCGGUUGCUGGUCUUUACCGUGACUUCAUACUUACAUAACUUCACUGAGGAUUACAUCUACGACCUCCUAAGAAAAAUCUUAAAACUCUGCUACAAGUGCAUGCAUUAAGCAAAUUGAGAUGGAAAAGAAGUGGGGCAACAAAAAAAGUGUAGAUUUGAAGAAGAUGUGCCCUCAACAAAAGGCUCGAUACCUAGCUUAUGCUGAGCCCUCCAAAGAGGUACAAGCCUGGAUGGCAGCUUCUAACCAACGAAUCCUUUCAAGACUUGCUCAUGAGAGAAAGAAAUCAUGUGUGGAAAAUCCUACUCAAGACCAGAAUACAAAAGUGAACCAUGACACACUUAUUGGCCAAUUAAAAGCUGCCGAAGCAAGGAAUAGGAUUCGACAGAUGAGGCUGAAAUAUCAUAACUUGAAGAUGCAGGAAAUUAACCUGAUGAUUUCGAGCCAGGCCAGCGUGCAGAGUGCUGUGCGUCUACAGCUCCUCCUGGCAACGGAGAAACAGAGGAAUAAUGCAGACUGCCUGGACCAGCUACAGAGACGAAGAGUAGAGGAAAUUCUGGAUGAUGAAAAGGGCCUAACCAUAAUCAGAAGAUAAUUCAAGGCAAAAAAAUAAAAAUAAAAAAUACAUUUCUACUACAAAACUCUACAUUUCCAAUUACUGGCAUGAAAAUUGUCAACUACAAGAUACCAAACAAUAUUAUCUAUACAUUCUUUGGUUUCAUUUUUUUAAUAAUAGCUGGCAGAAAAAUAUAUUAAUAUAUAUUCUUUACUGGUGAUGGUUAUUGUAACAAGAA